CCUCACACCGGAAGUUGAAAUAUCAGCUGAUCGAGGUGUUUUUGAUGGAAGUUGCCGUUGGAUCUGUGCGAGGCUUUUUAUUUGUUUGUUUGUUUGUUUGUUUGUUGUUGUUGUAUUGUGUCGAGCUGACUAUAAACCUCAGCUGGACUGAAGUAUAAAUACAGGUUUAAUUAGUGCGACUGAAUCGCGGAGGGAAUUGAGGCUUUCUGAACAGUCUGGUGUCAGUGUUUUGAAAUUCGCUAGCUGUUGAACAUCACUGAAGAAAGAAAACAAGGCUAGGCGAGUCACUGUGUGUGUUUGUGUUGAAUCCGUUAGCUUAUUGAACUACCAGUAAUCUGAACCUGAGAGCAACGGCAGCUAAACUAGCUAGCUUGGUUCAUUAAACGGUAGCCGUAUGCUGAAUUAAUACAGCAGAGUAAAGCAAAUAAAAAGAACGUGUUUUUAGUUCAGGGGGCGACUAGGUUGUAAAACCUGUGAGAGAGUGUGUGUGUGAGAGAGAGAUAUUUCUAUUAACCUGAGAGGAAAGACAACCUGUAAGCAUUCGCGCCUCACACAUGUUGUUGUAUUUAUGCCACGUUGUCAUUUUAAAUAUGUCUUUUUAGGUGAAUGUGCUUGUAUUGCGUUAGCUAGUAUUUUCAUGCCGAUAUCUAGAACACAUUUCAAAGCCCGAGGAGGUUGAUGUGGACUGUGCCAGAGGUGCAGGUGAAACUGAGGCUUGUGUAGCAGGAGUUUUUAGUCUGUGGUGUGAGAGAGGAAAGGUCCAGCUCUGGCCCAGGCCGAGAAGCCCGCUGAAAACCCAAUGCUGGAUCUGGAGGUGGUUCCUGAGCGCUCUUUGGGAAAUGAACAAUGGGAAUUCGCAUUAGGAAUGCCAUUGGCCCAGGCCAUUUCCAUCUUGCAGAAGCACUGCCGAAUUAUCAAGAAUGUCCAGGUGCUCUACAGUGAACAAAUGCCACUCAGUCAUGACCUCAUACUCAACUUGACUCAGGAUGGAAUUAAACUGCUGUUUGAUGCUUGCAAUCAAAGACUGAAGGUUAUUGAAGUGUAUGACUUGACCAAGGUGAAACUGAAAUAUUGUGGAGUACAUUUUAACUCUCAGGCAAUAGCACCCACCAUAGAGCAGAUUGACCAGUCCUUUGGCGCUACUCAUCCAGGAGUGUACAAUGCUGCAGAACAGCUCUUCCAUCUGAACUUCCGAGGUCUCUCGUUCUCCUUCCAGCUAGACUCGUGGAGCGAAGCCCCGAAAUACGAGCCUAACUUUGCCCAUGGCUUGGCCUCCCUGCAGAUUCCUCAUGGGGCUACAGUGAAGAGGAUGUAUAUUUACACUGGAAACAACCUCCAAGAAACCAAGGCUCCUGGGAUGCCCCUGGCCUGUUUUCUCGGUAAUGUGUAUGCAGAAUGUGUGGAUGUUCUGAGAGAUGGAACAGGGCCUCUGGGUCUCAAACUGAGGAUCCUCACUGCAGGCUGUGGUCCAGGUGUGUUGGCUGAUGCGAAAGUGCGGGUGCUGGAAAGGAACAUCUAUUUUGGUGAUUCGUGUCAGGAUGUUCUGAGUGCUCUGGGCUCCCCACAUAAGGUUUUCUACAAGUCUGAGGACAAGAUGAAGAUCCACUCUCCUUCACCACACAAGCAAGUCCCAUCUAAGUGUAAUGACUACUUUUUCAACUACUUCACCCUGGGAGUGGACAUACUGUUUGACUCCACGACCCACCUGGUGAAGAAGUUUGUUCUUCACACCAAUUACCCUGGCCAUUACAAUUUUAACAUAUAUCAUCGAUGCGAUUUUAAGAUUCCACUCAUCAUUAAAAAAGAUGGACCUGAUGCUCAGGAGGAAGACUGUAUCCUCACCACCUACAGCAAGUGGGAUCAGAUCCAGGAGUUAUUGGGACACCCUAUGGAGAAACCAGUGGUGCUUCAUAGGUCAUCAUCCGCUAAUAACACCAAUCCCUUCGGAUCAACAUUCUGCUACGGGCUGCAGAGGAUGAUCUUUGAGGUGAUGCAGAAUAACCACAUAGCAUCAGUGAGCCUGUACGGAGCCCCUCGCCCUGCCAGCCUUCCUCGUGCCGAACCGAGUGCUCACUGAGAUUCCCGUCCUGCCCAGUAGGGCCCACCAGCGCAGUGUGCCUUCCCUCACUGCUGCCAUCACACAAGCUAGAGUCAUGUGCCGGGCGUUCCCCAGCCUUCAUCCUUCUGCUGCACACCAGGAUGGGUGUCUUCCCUGACCCCCUUUAUAGAAACACACAACAGACUGCAUUGCUUCUUCCUCUCCCUUUCUCCUCCAUUUUUGUCAGUGUCAGCAUAGCACAGUGGAGCAUUUAUCCCCUCAAACCACACACACCCACAGUUGAACUUGUACGUUAAUAAGCAUUGUGCAUACAUUUUGCAGGCUUAGAGAAGCUGCUAUGGCUUUAUAUUUCUACAUUUGUCCCACGUAAAACACAUGCAUUUCAUGACUGGUUGCUUUAUUGCACAUUACGCACUCUUUAUACACACAUUCAGUUAAUUUCAGUACAGCAGUGACGGCACGCACAUCUAACACAGAUCUAUAUAUGGCGCACUGGCAUCCACUGCAUGAAUAAAGUGUUGCUUUAUGUUUUUUUUUUUUUUUUUUUUAAGGUAGGAUUGUGUGAUGUACAUUAUUACAAGCACAAAUGAGUUGCACAGUGAUGGAGUGCGUCAUUGCUGUGAAUGUUUUCUUGGCCUGAGUUUCUCACGUACAGACAGAAGUAUACGCAGGUUAAGUACACAGCAUGGGUUUUCUCCCUUUGUAAUGCUGUGCAGUGCAAUCUUCAGCGUAGCAUUAGGUUGGUUGCCCAUCAUCGUUGUGUGCUGUUUUAAGGUAAAGCAUUGAUUUUUAACAUUUGCACUAAACAUGCAUCACAUUUACUUGACAUUUGAUGUCUUGACUUGUUUCCACACAGGACUGUUGACUGGAUUAUUGAGUGUGGGAGGGAGAGAUUAUGUGAAAGAGAGAAAGAGGACAGCAGAGGAACAUUGAUUUUUCAAGCUCUUAAACGCAGUCCUCUUGCCUUUCUGGAUCUCAUAUGGAUCCCACCACACACAUACACACUUUCUAUACUCCCUUUCAUCCUGCUUGUUGAUUUAAUCUCCUACAUUUUCAACCAUUUCAACACAAUCCUUUUUUUUAUUUGCCAAAACAUUAGCCAAAGAAGGAAGAACAGGCAGAUCAUCUUAAUUUACAACAGUUUUUUGUUUCAAUUACUCCCCCUAAAUCCUCAUUAUUAUUAUUAUUAUCAUUAUUAUUAUAUACUCUUGUAUACUUAUUUAAAGUUAUUUUAUUACUAGAUAUAUCCCAUCCUAUGUUGUUCUGUGUUUUUUUUUUUCCUUGUUUCUGGUCUACAGAGAGGACUGCUGUCAGACUUGCUGUACCAGACAGACGUGAGGUUUUCCACGGUACUCUGCUGCCGUGUCCGUUUAUGUACAGAUCUGUAAAUAGUGUAUUCUUAAAGUCUUGUCCUUUUAAGCUCAAGGUACCAUGUUGGGUUCAGAUCAAGUUGAACUCUGGAAAUUUCUCGUCAUAUAUGCUUCAUAUUGUCCUUUCAAAUGGAAAGAAUUCUGAGUUUUCAAACAGGGUGGUUCAGAUGGACACUAUAGCAGCGGCCCAUGUUUGACCAUGGUUGGGAGGCGAUGUGAGAUGACUGCAGUGCUUACAGGACCGUGUUAGUAUUUUAUGUUCAUCCAAAUAAAUGGAGUCUAAUCAUCCA